CAUUAUAUGGUAUAUACUCUUGAGUCUUGAUUUAUGAUUACUUUCAUAACCGAAUUGUAUCACAGGCCCCAGGCCAUAAAUUAUUUAAAAAAACAUUGUACCUAUUUAUUAUAUUGCAGUAUUUACUGGUAAAAAUUUAAAAAUUAACAACUUUGUGUCUAAAGUAUAAAGGUAAAACUAAACCGAAAGUCAAAAGAUUAAUAUAUAUACCUGAGAUUGUGUUUAAAGCAUAGAAAUCUUUAACUAUGGAGAUAGACUCAUCUAACAUAGAUGAAAAUAAUCAAGAAAAACAAUCUGUAGAAAGCUCGGUUAUUCCAGAGAAUGAAAAGCCUGAAACAAAUAUUCUACCUACACCAACAGCUCCCAAUAAUAUUAGUGACAUCGAUUCCACUUCAAAUUCUGUAAGCAAAGAAGGCAAAGCCAAGAAACCCAAAAAACGUAAACCAAAAGUUCUUCGUGAUGUUACUGCCCCUCGUCAACCUCUAACUGGAUAUGUUAGGUUUUCAAAUGAGCGUCGUGAACAACUUAGAGCACAACAGCCAGAGCUUGGCUUUGCAGAAUUAACAAAAAAAUUGGCAAGUGAAUGGAGUAAGUUACCUGUAGAGGCAAAGCAACUAUAUUUAGAUGCUGCAGAUCAUGAUAAAGAAAGGUAUAUGAAAGAGUGGACUGAAUAUAAAAAAACAGACUCAUAUAAAGAGUUUCGGAGACAGCAAAUGGAACAAAAGGAUCCUAAUAGUUCAACAAAGAAGUUAAAACAGAUCCAAUCUAAUGACAAUAAUAAUGUUUCAGGUAAUGCACUACUCGAUCAAACAGUGCCAGUAACAAACACCACCUCAGCCUCUACAAACAAUUCCAGUCGCCUAGCUACACCGCCCAGAACAAGACCUUGUGUGACACCAGCAUUAGGAGAGGAUCUUGGUGAUACAGACAUACCAAUAUUUACGGAACAGUUUCUCCAGCACAACAAAUUAAGGGAAUCAGAGUUACGACAGCUAAGAAAGGCCAAUUCAGAUUAUGAACAACAGAAUGCAACUUUGCAACGUCACGCUGAAGAAGUGAGCGCGGCGACAGCCCGGCUGCGAGCAGAAACCGCAGCAGCUGCGGAGCGUACAGCUGCGCUGGUUGGACAUCGCAAAGCACUUGUCGCUGCCUUGGUGCAAGCUUUGCAGUCCACUAUUUUACCUCUAUCAGGUGGGCCAGAAGGUGCAACAGAAAACAAUAUAGAGGAAUAUAUGGAAAAAUUGCAAAAGAUGGUAACUGAGAACAAGAACAAUGCAUUGCUAAAGCAAGCUCUUGACAAUCUUAACUAUGUUUCAUUUCAUCUGCCAGUCCUGGGUCAAUAGGGUUACACAAGAAGGAUAGCCAGGAUAGAAAAGUUUAGAAUAGUAAUGGACACAUCAAAAUGGCGACAUUUGGAGAUGUUUAUUAAGAGACAAGCUGAUUAGUUGUAAUAAUAAUAAUAGUAUGAUAUAUAGAUGUAUAGAAAGAAUGUAAAUAUUAAAAAAGGCGACUAAGUUACAGUAAUGAUAAAUCAAUAAUUACUUAAUUAUAAACAUAUAAUAGAAGGGGAGCCCAAGAAUGUAAAUAGAGAUUCACUUGCCUAUUGAAUUGUGACAGUUUAAUGCUAAAAAAAAAAAUGAAGUCUUAUGGGAAAGCUAUACUAGCGCGUCAGAUAUAAUGCGUAUGCAUCCCGCGUCUUUCUGAAAGAGGAAAAAUAAUAAUCUGCCGGUUUGCAUGGUGGGGCUGACCGUCAGAUGGGGUAGAAAAUAUAAUAGAGCGUCAGGUCAGGUAAGGGAUUCUUAGUGAACCCUCUAGCAGCCCCUAUUUAGAAGACUCGACGAUUUUGCCGCGACCAUAGGUUUUUUUUUACGGGCGUUUUUCUAAAUGAAAAAAAAAAACAGUGAACAUUCAAGUGUGUCAGAAUAUUAUAUUAUACAGACGCUUUAUGUCCGUAUCGUACCGAACAUAAUGCACAUAUCGUCCUCAUAAAUGUCGACGAUCUGCCAAUUUUGUGGAUGAUUCAAAAAGUGCGAUUUUUAUUAACGAUUUAGCUAUUCGGUUUGUGCAACGUAUUAUGUCGUGAAACUAAAAUAAAAAUUUAACCGUGGUGGCAUUUUUUCUAGCAAUCUAUUUUUUUACUAAUCUAAUUUGCCCUAAACAUUUUACCAUGUCCAGGUUAUGGUGGAUACUUCACAAGGUUGCUCUCCAUUUUUUAUUGAUACCCCGCUUGGGCUUCUCUACUAUAAAUGUAAUGAGAAUAAAUAUUAUGUAUUUUAUUUGAUAAACAAAGACAUGGAAAAUAAUUUGGCAGAAAUCACAUAUUUUCUAUACCACCUCUUAUUAAUGAAGUCUAAAUAUUGACAAUAAAACAGUUAAAUACA